CAACGAUUUCCUAGUCUUCUUUAUUUUCUCAUGACGAAUAUUUGCUGUGCAGCUCGUGAAACAAAACGUUACUUUCGUAAUUUUAGUCUCCUCCGGCUAAGUCGAGAUUUAAGAUAAUCGUAAUUUGUAUUUAGAGUAUUUGCGUUUCUUUACGUACUUUAAUAGAAGCAAUAUGACAGAAGAAAUCCAGAAGAAAUUAAAAGGAGAAAUAGACAAGUAUAAACAGGUUCAAAGAGAUUACCACAAAGCCUUGAGUCAGAGACAACAACUGGAUGUACAGCUGAAUGAAAAUAUAGCUGUUAAAAAGGAAUUAGAUCUUUUAAAAGCAGACGAUGAUGUUUUUACAUUACUCGGACCUGUUCUCAUUAAAAGGGACCUAGAGGAAGCGAAACAAAAUGUUGCUAAGAGGAUGGAAUAUAUUUCUUCAGAAUUGAAAAGAGUAGAAGAAUUGAUAAGUACAUUAGAUAAAAAACAAGACUCUCAGCGUGAAACGCUUGACAAGUAUCAACAAAUGUUUCAACAAGCCCAAAUGAAAGCAUCACUUGGUCAGCAAAAGGCAUAAAUUCAGAUGAAAGGAGAACAAUACCCAUGUUACAUCAAUACUAUUAAAUAAAAAAGAUAUUUACCAUUGAAUGUCACUAGCCUUCUUUCUAAUUGAAUUUGUUAAUAAAUCCGUCGUGAAACUUU